UCGGUGGGAGGAUCUUGCUCUCCUGCCCCGUUUCUCAGCACCCUCUGUAAAAUUAGCGAAUACUGCAGUAAGAAGUGAGUGUGUAUAUGUGUCACGAUCAAGAGGAAAGGACGAGCGGGAUUAAUAUUCAGAAAAAGCUCUCAUCUGGCUGGUGACAGAGAUGGCAGCCAUUCGGAAGAAGCUGGUGAUUGUCGGGGAUGGAGCUUGCGGGAAAACAUGUCUUCUCAUUGUUUUCAGUAAAGACCAGUUUCCUGAAGUCUACGUCCCAACAGUGUUUGAGAACUACAUUGCCGAUAUCGAGGUUGAUGGAAAGCAGGUGGAGUUGGCAUUGUGGGAUACUGCAGGCCAAGAGGACUAUGACAGGUUGAGGCCUCUUUCCUACCCUGACACAGAUGUCAUCCUCAUGUGUUUCUCCAUCGACAGCCCAGACAGUUUAGAAAACAUCCCUGAGAAGUGGACCCCUGAGGUGAAGCACUUCUGUCCCAAUGUUCCCAUCAUCCUGGUGGGGAACAAGAAGGACCUGAGGAAUGAUGAACACACACGGAGAGAACUGGCCAAGAUGAAACAGGAGCCGGUGAAGACAGAAGAAGGAAGAGACAUGGCUGGUAGGAUCAGUGCUUUUGGAUACUUGGAGUGUUCUGCCAAGACCAAAGACGGUGUGCGGGAAGUGUUCGAGAUGGCCACUAGAGCGGCACUGCAGGUCCGCAAACGCAAGAAGAGAAGUGGCUGCACGCUGCUGUGAGCAGUCCAGACACCAUAAAAUCAACCAACUAGGAGAAAAAUCAGUGUAUAGGACUGACAUUUUACCAAAUGGCAUCUUUGUACUGUAUCUCGCAUUUCACAAAGACAGUCAGACAGAUGAAUCGAACGCAAACAAACCUAAUACAGGAAAUGAACUUUGUCUAUAUUACAACCAUGUUUAGAACUUGACGUUUAAAGUUCCUUGUUGAUUUUUUCUUCCCAGAAUCCGUCUUUACGCAUAGAAUGUUUUCCUCCUUGUUUUUCUUUAUAUUUGUAACGUACCGAGACAGUGAUAGAUGCACAUAUUUGUUUGCAAUAUUCUUCUUCACAAGCUUGGGUGAGCAGCAUCCUUUGUAGCUUGUAUGAAGUCUUCAUGAGUAGGUUCUUGUCCAUAUCGUCCACACUGUCCUGUCCUGUCAGUAUCAGUUUGGUUUAUCAUGGUAGUUGUGAUAGGAAAUGUAAGUCGAUACCUUUUGACCAUCCGAGCUAGUGCCUUUUUAAGUUUUUACACCCCCGUCUACUUCUCGUGUUUGUCAGCUAGCUAACAUUUCAGCUGAGGGGCCCUCCAUUGUACUGUAGCUCAUUUUACACAGUGUUGUCAUUGUGAAACCUGAGCAAAGCCUUAAAUAAGGCUUUCAGUGCUGCUGACAACUCGUCAAACACAACAAAUGGCUGCUUGUGUCAUUUUUGUUGGCGUGAAACAUCAGCAUUCUCUCAACAUUUGCAGUACUUGCUGAGGAUAAAGAAGGUAGCUGCCUAUGUAAUGUGAUGUGUGAACUGUGUGAACAGUCAACAAAGCAGUGAGCUUCGCAUUCUUUAUUAGACCUGACUAUUCACAUGCAUCCCUCAUAACCAUCGCUAAUCUGUGCAGUGGACCAGGAUGGGCAGAUCAGAACUGGCCAAUCAAGACACAAACCAGUAUGACUCAACUAUGCACAAUGGCUGUUAGGACCAACAAGGACAUGACACAGCUGAAACAGAAAUGAAGGCUAAGGCCUGGUGAAAACUCCCUUGUUUGUUUACUGUGAGUGAAUGAGUUCUACUUUUCUUCUGCUACGACGCAGGUGAGCCCAGUCACGCCCGUGGUUGGAAUCCAUGUGUUGUAUGGGUUAUCCCAGUCGUGGAAAUCACAUUUUGUUAGAGCUGUUAGCCUUUGAGUGUGGAUGUUUCCAGUUGGACAACAUUCCUGAUAUGUUUUAGUGGAGCUGAGUUGUUUGUGAGGAGUUUGUUUUUCCCCCGGUGCCUUCUCUGUUCUGGUGUGCCUUUGGUUGUUCUCUCCCAGACCGGAUAGGUCGGCUGCUCUAUGCCAACGUGACACUGACAGAGCAGGUCAAGAGUGACUUUACUGACAUGUUUCACAAAGCUUGGUUCUUUGAAUUGUAUCAAAAAUUGGCUGGACCACAAAAAUGUGUCAUUAGUUGACUUAAAUUUAGGUCCUCACAACUUAAUAUUACGUGCAGUGUAAGAUGUCUGUCAAGGCAAUCUUAUCUUGGCAGAUAAUGUAGGUUACACCAAUUUGCGUCAUGUAUUUUGCUUCGAGAAUGAGUCAUGGGAAAAUUACAACACUUGUGACUUUACGUAUUUCCUCAAGAAACAUCAAUGGUUGUCUUCAAACUUUAUGUCAGUUAUUGAUUACAACUGUGGAAAAAUUAAAUUUGGUUUAUUUUUUCUGUCUUUCUCCUGAUCCCAUGUUGCUCCUGACGUUCACCUCUUGGCACGAAACAUUUGAUUCUAUAAUUUAAUGUCUCAAGUCAAAAGAGAAGACGGUCAGCACACUGAAAUGACCUUAAAGCAGCUUUUGGAGACAUGUCAGAGACUGCCCACUGGUCCCAGUCCUUCUCUCUCUCCACAUACCUGAUUGUGAAUUUGACCUGAAAAUAAAAAGGCUUUACGUAUAGUGCUUGAAAGGCCCAGCGAUUGUCCUCAGACACAGACUCUUUAUGGCAUUCCUUUUCCUCUUCUCCACCUCUGUUGUUCAUUCAUGUUUUGUUCAUGUCACUUGGCUGCAUGCUGCUGUCUGUCUUGAAAAGGGUGGAUGUUGAAAUGUGUGUGGCAAAACUGCUAUCUUCGAUGUUGCAUGCAACAUUUUUUCAUGCAACGACUUUUGCAUUAUUGUGGACAACAACAAGCACACUAAUAAGGCAAUAGUUAAGAGAUUAAGAUUCUUUCGAUUUAAAAUUUGUAUCAGUAAAAAUGGGUGUUUCAUAGUUGUGGCAUGAUGUUCACAGGUCUCAGCAAGCUUAAUGCCAAGGAAUUUUUGGGAAUUAAAUGCCGGCAGAGAUAGUCGAAUAUCUUUCACAGAUGGAAGCAGGAUGAUGAAAGCAUUCCUGUAGGGCAGCAGGGGGUUUAGUCUUGAACAUAUCACUAAGAGCAUGUACAGUACUGCUGUUAAUGUGUAUGCACAUAUUGUUGCGCUAAGUCAAAAGUUGUCCUGAUGAUGUCGAUGCAUGCAUGAGAUACCCAUGUGUCUUCACAGUGCACACACACAAGCACUACACGCACACGUCUUGGGGAACAGCUUCUGCUCAGUGUUGUGUAACUUUUUUCAUUCUUUCUCUGGAAGUAUUUGAAAUGAUAAAAGAUCCAGAUUUCUAUAAAAGCUCAUUAUAAUAAUGCUUUGUAAACAGAAAGUGUUGUAGUGAAUGUUUGAUCUGAAGUCAACAUGAACAUUGUUAAUAAACUAUUUUUGAGACAAGA